CGUCUAAUCAAGGCGCAUGAAAACGCUCCUUGAUCCACAUCGACUGAGGAAUGACUCAGUUUACGAAACUCUGGGUGGAUUAUAAAUUUAUCCGGAAUGCCACAUUAGUCCCCAGUGAUCGGCCGAGCACGCAGUCCUGAGGAUGCAGUGAGCUGCGCUGCGGGAAAAGGGGGAACAUUUCGGUCUAAAUUAGUCGCUCCGCUCGGCGACCGACGAUGGCAGCCGUUGCGGGCGCCGUGUCCGCAGUGGGCACUUUCCUUACGGGAAUCCUCAAUUUUUUCACGGACAAGUUUCUGACCCCACCGCUGAAAGCCACCCUGAAACACCUAGAGGACACUGACCUUAAAACUUUGAGAGGAGAAAGAAGGACUUUGAAGGCCAGAUCUCUGUGGGAAAAGUCUGGAGCAGUCGUCAUGGCUGUAAGGCGACCUGGAUGAUUUUUGUGCAGAGAGGAGGCCGCAGAGCUGUCCUCUCUGAAGCCCCAGCUGGACGAGCUCGGGGUCCCUCUAUUUGCUGUGGUGAAGGAGGACAUCGGCACAGAGGUCCAGAACUUCAGACCCUACUUCAAGGGGGAGAUCUUUGUGGAUGAAAAGAGACGUUUUUAUGGGCCACGUGAGCGGAAGAUGGGUCUCAUUGCGUUCCUCCGUCUCGGGGUGUGGGCGAAUGGCCUGAGGGCCUUCAAGAAUGGCUUCAUGGGAAAUGUUUUCGGUGAGGGCUUUGUCCUCGGCGGGGUGUUUGUUAUUGGACCAGGAGAGCAGGGAAUCCUGCUGGAGCACAGGGAGAUUGAGUUUGGGGAUAAGGUCAACAUCCUGGAUGUCCUGCGAGCUGCUAGGAGGAUACCACAGGAACUGAUGCUUCUAGAGAAGAAAUAAUGCCUCAUGAUAUUGCUGCUAAAUAUAAUAAAAAUGCCAUUUCCUGUUUAAAGCUCGACAAUCACACCUCUUCAAAAUUAGAGACAAGAAUUUGCAGGUCUGUCUAGUGGAUACUCCCAUCUACCGGAUACUUAACUGCAAAUUAAUUAUUGGGGGGGAGGGGGACUUAACUUGGAUUUGUUCUCAGGGGAUUUGUGAUUUUGAAAAUGCUUACUCAUAGCUAAAGUGUACAGAUGCCUUGAGUUUGGUGUAGUGGUCUCACUGGAGUUUUGGGAAGCCUAGCUGGUAUGAAUAUGUUUUUAAGGGGAAUCCUGAGUGUUUAAUGAUGGUCUGUUUCGAAACUCCACAGAUGGAGCAGGCCUGAUGUCUCACACUUGGUUCCUCUUAUUGCUCUCUUGCAGCUAUGUUAUCUCAGGAGCCAAGAGACCACAACCUCUAAACAAUAAAAAAAUGUCAUGUCCUUCA